AUGGCGUCAGCGACAACAACCGCCCCCGCUGUCGCGAGUACGACUAAGGCUGCUAUGAGUAUGGGCGGGCAUGGUUGUAAGAUUUCUAUGCUCUGGAACUGGAACACCAUCGACUCCUGCUUCAUCGCCAAGUCCUGGAAGAUCUCCUCCAAGGGCCACUUCGCCGGCUCGUGCAUCGGCGUUGUGCUGCUCGUCAUUGCGCUGGAGAUGCUGCGGCGCGCCUGCAAGGAGUAUGACCGGUUCCUGAUUAACAAACAUCUUCGCGCGACGUCCGCGGCGGCGGCGAAGGCCUCGAGUUCGGCGAAGUGCGAUUCUCAAGACAGCAUCCCCGCUGCGGCUUGCGCCGUGGUCAGCUCUGGGUACCGGCCAAAUGUGUUUGAACAGGCGAUUAGGGCACUUCUGCAUAUGCUGCAGUUCGCUGUCGCUUACUUUGUCAUGCUUUUGGCUAUGUAUUACAACGGUUACAUUAUCAUUUGCAUCUUCAUUGGCGCGUAUAUUGGCAGCUUUAUCUUCCACUGGGAGCCUCUCGGAGGGGGUCUACAAACUAGCGCGACUCAGCAGGCAACGGUUUGCUGCGGUUAA